UGAGCUGUAGCGUGCAGUAGUACUGCAGCGAUGACACGACCGGGGGAAAGGGCGAGGCGGGCGGCAGAAAUACCACAGUGACCUGUAGGGACCUGAGCCACCGGUUCUUGUCAGGGGAUGUCCGGGUGAUGAAGGCGCUAACGGUUGUUGCUUGCCGGCGCGAGCGCAACCGUUAACUCGAGCGGUGUUCGCACCUUGGCGCGGGAGUGCGGGCCGGUCACGUGAGGAGGGAGGGGGCGGGGCUUCCCGGGCAAGGACAGGUGUAGGGCUAGGCUAGCAUCUUCAUCCCUGUUCCACCUGCCGCUCCUGACCAUGAGAAUCAUAGGGAGCGCCAGCAGUGGAAUGAGUGAGGAGCUAAUCGUCUGUAGGCCCCGCAUUAGUCUCGGGUUGGGAAUAGGGGCAAUGGCCGGCUUCGGUCUCGUGUACCUGGCUUAUACUAAGGGAUGGGGAAGGAGGCACUUCCAGAAAAAACGGGAGUUUUCCUGGAGUGAACUGAAACAUAGACGGUCGGCAGUACGGGGCCAAGAAGUAAAGAUGGAAAGUCGAACAAAAUUGGCAGAUAAUUACAGCAACUAUGAAACACUGAAAGUACAGCAGCUAGAAAUAUGGGAACAGUUAGAUGUAAUACUUCAAUGUGUGAGAGAACUAAAAGAAGAGGUGAUAGAACUUCGCGAGUGCCUGAAUGGGAUGACAGAUCACAUUGUCGACGAUGUCAGGUCAAGUUUAGAGCGAUACCAUAAAGUACCAGCGAAGAAAACAGGAUCUAGCAGAGAAAGAAGUAAUUCUGUUCAAUCAAAUUCCAUCUAUUUCACAGCCAACACUAGGACUAAGAGCAAUGCUGAAACAGAGAGUGAAGAAGGGUAUACUACAGCUAAUGGAGAUUCUGAUUAUGAAUAUGGUAAAGCAGCAGAUGAACAAGCUAACCAAAAAGAUCCAUCUGAUCCAAGACUAUCUUCUAAAAAGGUGGAUGAAUUCUUUCAACUUUUAAGUAUUACAGAUAGCUUACAUGAAGGCUCAAAUAUGGACAAGGCAAAAGGAUUUAAGAUGCUCUUGAAAAAGGAAUCCACAUACAAUAUGAAGCCAAAUUUCUGUUGGCGACUGGCUCGAGCCUACUUUGACAUGGAAGAGAUGUCCAUAAAUGAAAGUGAGAAGAUAUCCUAUUUAGAUCUAGGAAAAGAAGCAGCAAAAUCUGGUCUUCAGCUAGAUGAUUCAAGUGCAGAAUGCCACAAGUGGUAUGCUAUUAUAUCUGGCCAACAGGCUGACCAUGAGACUGUCCAGAAUCGAAUCAAAGCCGGAUAUACUUUCAAGGAGCAUAUUGAUAAGGCCAUUAAACUGAAAAAUGAUGAUCCUUCUUUAUACUACCUGUUGGGAAGAUGGUGCUAUGAGGUAGCACAAUUAGGAUGGAUCGAAAGGAAGGCGGCAGCUACUUUCUAUGGAACACCUCCAAGAUCCACCAUUGAUGAAGCUCUGAAGAAUUUCUUAAAGGCUGAAGAGUUGAAUCCAGGGUACUCCAAAUCCAACUCUGUCUACAUUGCAAAGUGCUACAGGGACCUUGGCAACAAUGCAACAGCCCUACAUUGGCUAGACUUGGCAUCUGAAUUGCCUAUCAAAUCAAAAGACGACACAGAAGCCCAGAAAAAUUUGGAAGCAAUACGAAAUACCCUCGUCAAAAGGAGCUAAGCCCAGUGUUGUUAACCAGAAGAAGCUUAGAGGGCUUUUAUCUUGCUACAGAAUGUCUUUCUGUUGUGUUGUCAAUCUAACUUUGAAUACAACAUCUCUUACUGUGGUAUUUUAUCCUGUUGUUUAAUAACCACAAAAUAUCAUAAAUCAUGACAGACUGGUGGUAAAAGGUUAAAAUUUUCACCAAGUUACAAAAGAUCACUCCUUAUUCAAAUACAUUUGAAGAGACAGACUUUAGACACUAAUAAGCUGGCAGUUUUAUUCCCUUUAGCAGCAACAUUUUCUAUUUCAUGUAAAGAAACUGACAUCUCCAAGAAAACUAUAAUUUCUUUUCAUGGCACCAAUUCACAUUCUUUUCACAAUAGCUUGAAAUGUGCUGAGUUUUAUAGGUGUUCUUUGCUAUUUAUUUGGGCUAAUGUGUAUGAUCUAUAGAUGUACCGAAUUCCUUUACUGAACUUUCAGGGUUAAUUGCAUACAAGUUUCCAAAAUCAGAAUCACUGUAUCAGAAGUCUGUCUUAGAGAGUUUGUAUUAUUUCAGUGUGUUUUACUUAUUAGUAGAUAAAGUCCUCAUACACAGUUAGCAAACUCGAUAUUUAGCAUUGUCCUGAUUAUUCAUGUGCUUCCUUUGGCUUUGCAGUGAAUAGACUUAAUUGGUGGCAGUGAUGAAACCUGCCCAUGACUGGUGAAGUGAAAGUGUUAGCAAUCAUUAGAGCAGGAUAACAGGUUGGUUUCUCGAUCCCUUUUUCAUCAAUUCUGGUAUCAGAACUAGUAAUGUGUGACCUUCAGUGAGGUAAAGAAAGAAGUCAAGAUUUAUGAUGACCACAUGACCUUGUGUACAGAAUUAUAGUAGGAACAUCACUGUUGUAGGCCAUUGUAUCUAAGAGGAAUUGUGGGCCGGUCAUUUAGGAGAACCACGGGAUGCUUUCAUGGAACUGCCCAAGUCAAAUCCGAUAUUUCACAAUGUAAACAUGACCUUCAUCCAAAUGUUGUUUACCUACAUUAGUUUAUGCAAGUCGUGCUCAUCGAUAUUGCACUAUUUUUAUCUUGUAGCAUCAUAAUAUGAGAAUUAGAAACGGAAGUGCUAAUAAGCCCCUUGGAUCUGUUGUGUCUUUCAAAACAGAUGAUGGAUUCUCUGUCUUACUCACUAUUCCUCUCAAUUACAAUGUCCUCUGUGCUCAAAAGGCUAUCUUUUUCAUGGCCUUAGGCUUGACCAGCUACAGCCUCCGAGUCAGAAAAUUCCAGUGAUAUACUGAUUUCUGCAGAAACAAAUUUCUCAAGGGACACAGGAAACAGCAGCGCCUCAAUGAGAUCACCUCCCAUUCUUCUAAAUUCCAGAGAGUGUAGGCUGGCGUUACUUGGUGUCUCUUCUUUGGAUGACUCACACAUCUUGGGGUUCAGUUUAAUAAAUUUACCUGGCACUCAUUCCAAGGCAAGAGUGUUCUCCUUUAGGUACAGAAACCAAACCUCCACUGUCAAUAUUAGAUGAGAUCUUACAAAAGCCCUGUAAAAUUCAGCAAGGCACACUUCCUUUUGUAAAGACCAAUGUACCAGUAAAUUGCUACCUAGCUGAUACAAUACUAGAAUUCUACCAUCUGCCCUGAGCCAUAAUGAAAAAAAUUGGAAGAUGUUAGCGGGGGAUGAAAAAUGUCUUCUUAUUGGGUAUAUUUGAAUUAUAGUAGAGAAAAGAGGACUCUGUAAAAUGUCAAGCAGGUUCGUGCAUGAGUUCUAAAUAUUCUUUGCAGCUGUUCAAAUCUGUCUGCCACAUAAUAACUGAACAGAGAAAAAAUAUUCAAAGAAGUUCUCGUGGCCACAUUGAGAACAAUAUCUUCACUGACUCUUGGGAGUUCCUGCCCCACAACCACUCAAAGAAGAGAAAGAUCGUUCAGGAUGGCCCUGAGGACUUUGAGUCAAGGUGUCAGGAAGUCAUAGAAGUCCAGAAUAAAGAAUGGAAGGAGUGUACCACCUCCCAAUUACCCACCAACUUUGUCACCUUUAGCAGACACUGCAGGUCCAUGUUGACACAUCAGUUACUCAGAAAGUGGAGCAGAAGCAAUUCAAGCCUGAUCCCAAGGGAAUACCUAAGAGGAGAAGCAUCAGAAUGUGUCUCUACUUUCAUUCAGUUAUGGGUAUUUGUGGAAUCCUACAUUAUCAUGUUUUUUUUACGAACAAAUUAAUUAACCAUGUAAAUAGGCACCAUCUGGAAAUGUUCAUAGAGUCUGAAAAGUAAAUAAUCAAAAAAAGUCCAGUUUAUAGGAUUUCAUCUCUGCUCAGUUCACCUUUCACAUCUUGUCCCAAAACAACUACAUACCUUUAUUGUGAAUUCAUUCAAAUAAGAGUGCAUAUAGUACCUUUUCUCUUUGCAGUAUAGUAUUAUUAACUUGCAGCUCCUGCUAUGUAUAUAAUGAUAAUCAUCGUGCAUUCUUCCUGACCUACUGCAUAUAUUGCAACACUAUUAACCUACUCAUUCUAUAACCAAAAAUCAUUACAGAAAAGAUAUCAUGCUCAAGAGAAACUGGAAAGCUGGAAUUUGAUUUUCUUUCUUCAGUACCUUUUAAACUAAGAUUUAUUUUUGGAUUGCAGCUCUUAAACUUUCCAAUUAAUCUGCGAUCCCUUUAUAUUCCCAAGUUGGUUCAAGUUGUUCUACUGCAAAGAACAACCAAAGAAGAGUAAAUAUUUGAUAUUCCCAUUUGUGGUUCUUUAUUUGAUAUCCCCACAUGAACUAUCUGUAGAUGUGCUCUAACCAAAAGCUUAAUUGAAUGAGGCAUAUAAAUAUUGUGCCCACAGUAGCAAUUCAGAAAUAAUUAUGAACUCUGCUUCCAACUUCCAAAAAUGACUCCAUCAUCUACAGAUCCAAGGUUAAGGAUAUGAUAAGAUACUCUUUGCUUGUCUAGAUGAAAGCAGCUUUAGCAGCACUUAAGGAGU